AUGAAAGAGACCCAACUAGAAAUUAAAUCGAAACUAGACGACGCGAUCCAAGGGGGAAUGUUGAAUAUGUCUUACGCAGUUGCUAAGAUAACGAACAAUUCGUAUGAUACUAUAACAAAACUGGAGAAAGAAAGCAAGGUGUUCAAAGACCAGCUGGUGAUCCUUAUGAUAUACUUCUACGCACGAACACCAGCCUCGUCAUCUCUAUCAUUAAGUAAGACUGUCAUUUACACACAUGUGGAGGUCAACGACGGUCAGGGCUAUAGCUCAACAAAUGGUAGAUUCACCGUAUCAGUGCCCGGACUGUAUGCGUUUACAGUCCAGUAUUGUCUUAACUCUGGAGAUCAGGCCUUGUUGGAAAUUGUUGAUCAAAAGAAAACGUUACAAAGAGCUGCCUUUGGCGAUAGAGGUAACAAUGAUCCGUGUGUGUCCAUGCAUGUGUUUACCAAGGAUGAUGUGUCCGACCAGAUGUGGGUACAAACAUCAUGGACGGCCCAGUCAGUUAUAUGA